ACUUUUUCCCGGACAGCAACAAUCAGGAAAUUCCUCCCUCCAAAAGAGUCAACAGCAAGUUAGUAUAAAAUGAGACAAGUUGCACACAUUGACAAUAAUCCCACUGCCGGUGAAGGGAAGAAGCCACUCUACCCUCUGCAAAACCUCCAUCAUGAUUUGGCUCUCAGUCGGAGCUCUCCUGGCUCUAGUGGCCUGUCUACCACACACAGCCACUCAGCACCAGGGCGCGAAACAGUCUCAGGUCUCAGAGGUCUCAGCUCAUGAGCGGCAGAGGAGGAUGGUUGGGGGCCUCUUGGCGAGAAGCGUUCCUUGGCAUGUGAUGGUGUAUCUGGGCGAAGGGGUGUUUGAUGGCGGCUUCGCUGGCGGCGCUCUCAUCUCAGACAGCUGGGUGCUGACAGCAGGAAGGAACCUCUUCAUCCAAAGGAGUCGAGACGCCACUCGAGGAAAAGAGCCCCUCAUUCCCAAAAUCUACAUGAGGAUCACUCAUCGGGCCCAUGCUAAUGCAUCCACAGAGGCGGCAGUCGACAAGGUAUUCCUACACCCAGGCUUUCAAAACACAUCAGACUGGGACAACGACCUGGCCUUGAUCCGGCUGAAAAGGCCUGUCACUUUCAGUGAGUCAGUGAUGCCUGUCCCUCUCCCUGAGCGGGGGGAUGACCUGGAGGAGACGCCGGGCACCCUGGGCCUUGUUGCCGGCUGGGGCUGGGGCAGGGACUUCAUCCAGUCCGACAUCCUCAAGUUUCUCAAGCUGCCCGUGGUCUCCCGACAGCAGUGCCAGUCCGGUUACCAGGGCAAGUCCGGCAAACCAGUGGUGGACGACAACAUGUUCUGCACCGGCCCAGGAGAGUACGAGGCCAACGUGUGCUUCUGGGACGCAGGUGGCGCCCUGGCGGUCCUCAACCCGGAACAGAACAGGGUUUAUGCGGCCGGGAUCCUGUCUUUCGAUAAGAGCUGCGCCGUGGAGAAGUACGCCGUUUACACAAAGAUAUCCCCCUACCUGCCGUGGAUCCACGAGGUCAUGAGGGGUGAUGAGGACUAUGCCUCCCAGCGCUCCUCUGCCCUGGCCCGCAUGUUUUCCAGGAGGUUUUAACUUGUGUGUCAUCUCACCCACAUUGUCUGACAUUAUUCAUUAUUCAUUAGCAAUGUUUUCUAUGCAUUUGUAUGCCUUGUGCAAUGCAACUUUAUGCAAAUACAGUACUUUUUCUGCUUCCUCCAAA